GGAGGAGGCGGGAGCAACUGCGGUAGGAGCAGCGGUCGCAGCCCCAACCGACACCGCAGCCGCAGCAGUAGGGACGGGGAGCGGCAGCGGCGGUAUCGAAGCCGCAGCCGCAGCCGUGGGCGUCGAAGCACUAGGGAUCGCAGCUACAGCUCCAGCGGGGAUAGCAGCUCCAGCGGGGAUAGCAGCUACAGUGGCAGUAGCAGCUACAGCGGGGAUAGCAGCUACAGCGGAGAUAGCAGCUACAGUCGCAGUCCCUCUUCUUCCUCGUAUUAUAGCAGUAGCAGCAGCAGCCGUAGUCGCAGCCGAGACCGUAGCAGCCGGCUUAGGAAGCGCCAGCGUUGCCGUACUUCUAGCAGCAGUAGCGGCAGUAGCAGCAGGAGUAGAAGCCGCAGCAAGAGCAGCGGAGGUAAGGUAGACGGCGGCGGUGGUGGCGGUGGCAAUGGCCUCAGGGCUACCAGCGGUGGAGGCGGCGGGGGAGGUAGCGGUAGCGGCGCGCGCGGUAAGGAUGCUGCUCAGGUGGGAGGCAAUGCCGCUGGUUUGUCCCAUCAGGAGCGUUCCGAACGGGAGCCUGUGCAGGGCCGCAAGCGGGGCUCAGAGCGGGAGCCAGGGCGGGAGAAGAAGCGUCGCCGUCGCUGCUCCCUCUCCUACUCCUCCUCGCCCUCUUCCUCCCUGUCCUCCUCCCCGUCACGGGGUAGCUUCCGUUGGCGCCGACGCACCUCCUCUCGCGGUCGAGGAGACGGCGACCAGGGCGGCAGCAAGCGGAGUCGCGGCAGCACUAGCAGCAGCAGGAGCAGGAGCAGACGCCGUGACGGCAGGGGGGCCCACAAGCGGGGCCGUAACGCACGGAGCCAAAGCCGUGACGGCAAGGAGAGGGGCCGAGCGAUGACGGCGGAGGCGGCGGCGGCCCUGCAGCAUGCGCCUGCCCAGCUACCGGGCGGAAGCAGCAGAG